AUGGAUGACUGGACUGAACUGGAUAAGAUUGAUUCUUCUUUGGUGAAGGCAUUGAAGCCUUGUUUUCCAACUGCAUUACAAGUUGCAACUGCAUUUGAUGAUCUGGAGGGUGCGAGAAACCUGGUCGAGGAUGCACUGGGAAAUAGCUAUGGUGUGGCCCGCCGUGAGGCCAUUGCGCAGGCAUUGUUCGACUGGCAAGCAACCUCUCACCGUAGGUUGAAGAGGAUGCAGUUGUUUGGUGUCAGGGAUAGGCUUGAGUUUGGGAAGCAGUUGGACCAGUCUGGUCUAGUGUCAACGAUGGCAGAUAACUAUGAGAGCAUUGUUACAGGUAGUCCCACUUUGGGCUUGGCCGCUUUGGAAAGUCGUUUGGCUAAGAGGGCAAAAACGAGCAGCACUGCAAGGUCAGAUGCAGAGGAAUUAGCGAAGAAGAAAUGGGCUUUGGUCUUGGCUGAGUUUAUCACUGAAUCAAAACUUCCUGCUGUGGCUUCCGUCAAUGGUCUGGCAAAUGUCAACACGGCAUGGGUGAGAGCAUUUGGUGCGCGGCGGUCAAAGACACUGCGCAAUCGUGCAAAAGCUUGGAAGCGUGUCAGGGACUGGUUCGUGGUUACAACAGGCAAACCAUGGCCUGAAAGUGUGGCACAGCUGAUUCAGUAUCUUGAGGAGCGUAAUGAGGUGCAGCCAAUGGGUAAGACGGUUCCCAUGUCCAUACAUACCACAUUGUCGUUGCUUGAGUUGGUGGGGCAGGUGCCCACGGAACAUAGGCUUUCUGGAGACCGGUUGUGGCUGGAGACAGUGAAAGCUUGGACAGCAGAGCUCAGCCGUGAUGCACCGCCAAAGAGACAGGCGGACUUGUACACAGUAGCAAUCGAGAUGAGCUCAGAGUUGGUUUUGGAUAAUCUCACCGCACCGAUUGGACAGAGGUUUUAUUCAUUUGUGCUUUUGCUUUUGCUCUGGGGAACGAUGCGUUGUGAUGAUUUACAGAACGUCGAUCCGUCUUCAUUGGAACUUUCACAGCUGGGCCUCAAGUUCAUUUUGCGCCGGACUAAGACUAGUGGACCUGGCAAGCCUAUAGGGGAGUUGCACGGUUUCAUUGCACGUGAGGUCAGUUUGACUGGUGUGGACUGGUUGAAAUUGGGCAUGGAUCUUUUAGAAGAUGAUGAAGUGAGUUUUCAGAGGGAUUUCUUUGCAGUUUCAUUUUCAGAUGAUUGGAUGAAAUCAGGGCCGAAUUUCUUGGAACCUGAAGGAUUGGCGACCAUGUUGAGGAGGCUUCUCCUUACUUUGCCGACGGUGGUGCGACGUGGUGGCGGCCUGGCACUCAACCAUGGUAAUUUGUUGAUUUCACCAGAGAUGGCUUCAUUUUGGACUGGACAUAGUGCACGACAUACGUUGCCGUCCUGGGCUGCUGCAGCACAAAUCCCAAAGGAGAGUCGCUUGGUCGAGGAGGAGCUCAUGGAACGGGUCAAGGCCUUUGCAGUAAGGGUCAAUGCAGGACCCAUCACAACUGCACGUAGGCUCAGAAAGCUGAGAGACUUAGCAGCCAUGAAUGCACCGGCAGGGAUAACAGAGGCUGACAUGAAGGCCUACAUCCAUGACCGGGUGGAAGGCGAUUUGGCCUUCAUACUGCAGGAGAACGGAGUGCCACUUGCACUGCAAUACAAUUUGACUCAAGUUUUCACGCAACUUAGACGCUUCAGUGCAAUUGCAGAUACAAGGCAAGGUGUCAGACAGGCACUGCGUGAUGAUUUGCAGGUCGAAGAGAAUAACUUGCAGAAUCGUGCGGCCGUAGCUGGAGUGGUAGCUGCUUGGGAGGCCUCUAAGGAGUAUGCAUCAAAACAAGCAGAGUUGAAGGCCGAAGCACGUCUCUUGGGCGUCACGCGGCCUGUCACCCAGACAGAUCGAGCGGCAAUGAGAGCAGCAUAUGUAGCAACCCAUGGUGAAAUUGAAGAGACCUUUGAGCCUUCAGAUGAUUACUUGUCAACGAAGAUCGAGGAGUUGGAAGCUCACGAACCUAUGGCUUCCUACCUGACCGAAGUAACCAGUAAAAAGACUGCAAAGACAAUGGGCAUUCAGACAACUCUGGAUAGUGCAGGUCAUGUGAGAAUUGUCAAGAGCAGACAGAAGGGUCAGCUCCCACAGGGCACUGAGGAACUCCGCACCAUCCUCAGAGUUGAAGGCAAUACAUGGUGUUACCUUGCUGCCAAGUACCGCAACAAUCCAAUGAUGCAAGGGCUCACACCUGAUGACUGGAUGAAGUACACCAACUACCUGCUAGGUGACAAGUGCUAUCUUUUGAAAAUUCCAGGACCAGGUGCAGCAGCGGGGAGCUCAGAGAUGGUCACAUUGCGACCACCUUGGAGCGUGAUGUUGUCAUAUGAAUACGAACUACGCAAGGAGGCCAUCAAGACGGCGUUUAGACAGGGUAGAGCCUUGAGAGAAUGUUUGAAAGAGGUGUGCUCAGAUGCACAACUCAAAGAGCAGUACUUCACAAGUCCCAUUGCCUUGCAAGGGAGGUCAGGCAGAUCUGAGGAGCCUUCAUUUGGAGGCAACCGCAGUUGGAGGAGGACUGAAGGGUCCAACUACCAAGGCCCGCCACAAAAGUGGCACAAGGGAGGUGGAAAGAAGGGCAGCAAAGGAAAAUCGAAACAGAGAGCAGGCAAGGGAAACUCUGAGCACUCUUUGGUUUCAUUUACAGAUGACAACAAACAGAUCUGCUUUGCUUACAAUGCGCAGGGAUGCACAGGAGGUUGCAACCGUGUUCACAUUUGCAGUUUGAGAGUUCGUGGAUGCGGCAAAUCGCAUCCGAUGUGGCAGCACUACCAGGGCAUGAUGCAGAAAGGGCCAUUGGGCCGAUGUCCACAUGAAUUUCAUGAGCCCCUUUUGGGCUUCAACAUUGAAUUGCAACAAUGGAAAACAGCUGGCUCAGCGGCCUACCCGGAGGCCUUGUGUGAGGCUAUAGCUUUGGAUGUGGUGUCAGCGUUGCCACUUUGCAUGGCGAUGCAGGGGGAGCAUGCUUCAGCGGCAUCGACUUCCUCUUCAACAUUUCAAGCCUCUCCUACAGAUCAUGCUACGGUGAUGUCAGCAGAGACAUCAACAGUGCAGGUUGGCCCUCAUCCUUCAACAUCUCCUUCUUCUUUCGGGGAAAACCCAACUCCAGCAAUAACAAUGGACGCAGCAGCAGCAUCAGAGAUAGUCAUAUCGUCUGGAGAUGAGCAACCAGGGAGCCCAGAGGACCUGGGACAGCAAGAUGCAGAAACCUUUGACCCGGCAACUUCAGCUUGUUUUGGACAGCCUAUUAUUUGCAGGUAUGAGAACUGCCACAGAGAAUUUACAGACGGUUUUGGACUGUGCUCUCCGGGACGUUGGAUGCCGGGUGCAAGAAACAAGUUGGCCAGUGAAGAUGCGACAAACCAUGCAGAGCAGGUGGCAUCUUUACUACUUGAAUUUCUUACAGAAGAAAUAGGAGACUUGCGCAAGGAGGCAUUCAAGCUGGCUCUUGGUCAUCACCUCAGCUCACCCUUUGAUCAGGACAAGCUACAGGGAUUGAGGCGUAAGAUAGCAUCACUGUUGAGGCCAGGAGAGGAAGAUACUUUGCUGUCUUGUCCGUACAGGCAACCAUUUUACCUUCAUCUCCUGGCCGAGUCGUUAUGCAAACUUGGGGAUCCAGAUUGGGAGAUUUUGGUGCAGGGUGAAGAGUGUUUCUCAAAGGGAGUCCCUGUUGGAGUGGAACGUGAACUCCCACGGACAGCCCAGGUCUUCAGAAAGCGGGAGAAGUUCAGACAGUUGGACAUCACAGAGUUUCAGCCGGACAUGAAAAACUAUGCAACUGCAGAGAUGUCCUCCGAUCAACUUGAGGAUCACUUCAGAAAAGACGAACAGCUUGGUAGGAUGGUUCCUACAACUCUUGCGGAAGCGAAGCAGGAGUUUGGCGCAGAUGCAGUCUUGGUUGCAGCAAUGGGUGCUAUCCAGAAGCCCGACAACACCAUCAGCACGGUGAUGCGGGUGCCCGUGCUGGUUUACGUCACUUUGAGGUUCUUGAAGGAACAACUUCAGAGACAUGGGCACUGGGUUAAUGCGACAGCUCCUUGGUUUUCGCCCAAAGAGGCUUUCAGAACAGAUGCGAAGUGUGAGAGUGGCAGGAUUGUUUUGGCUGGUUGGUCCACUGAGAAUGGUGUGGAGAACCUUAAAUUGGCAAGAUGGUUCAGCUUGGAAAUUUUCCCGGAGCAACUUCCGAUGCUCUUCAAAGAAGAUGGCGCAUCACAGUGGUGCUCAACAGCGGCGGAGUUACUGGCCUCCUACGCUGCUUCUUUUGCGUUUGGACAUUUGGAGAAGGGUGGUGGAUCAAAGAACUUGAGGAUGGCAAUAACAGGUGGUACCGACAAUAAAUCCAAUCAGGCUUUACAAGAAAAGAAUAUGUCAACGAAAUGGCCUCUCUUGGCUGUUCAUAUGCAGGUGUCAUCACAGCUCUUGGCGAACGGUGUGCGCAUGAGGCUUCGUUGGAGGCCGCGAGAAGAAAAUGUUCCAGCAGAUGCCAUCACCAAUGGCGACCAUAGCUUGUUUGAUGUGAAGAACCGGGUGGAGUUUUCUUUGGAUGAUUUACCGUUAAGUUUUUUCCGGGAGUUGUGUGCCUCCCGCAAUGAGUUUAUGAGUUUACGUGAAACACAGGUUGAUGUGAAGCCAGCUGAAGGAAAACAGAGCAAAAGACAGAAGUUGGCCAGCAAGACAGCGUGGUGA